AUGGUGAACCCGCAAGAACCAAUGAGCGUGGUGUACAAGUUCUUUUUUCCUAUCUGCAGUGAUGGCUGGGCAGACCGAGUCGAGGUGGUGGAAGGAUAUGAACAAGAGGCUGUUGGCGGCCUCACUGUAAAGCUGCAGUCUGAUGAGGUCUCCUCCUUCGAUGAGUACUUCCUGAAGCUCAGGCUCAGCACCAACACCCGCAACCCUUGGUUCCCCGAGUUCUGGCAGUACAGGUUUCAGUGCCGCCUUCCCGGACAUCCGCAAGAGAACAUGAACUAUGCACGAAACUGCUCAGGUUAUGAAAGUCUGGAGGACAACUACGUUCAAGACAGCAAGAUGGGCUUCGUCAUCAAUGCCAUCUAUGCCAUGGCACACGGGCUGCAUGACAUGCACACUCACCUCUGCCCUGGUCAUGUGGGACUCUGUGACAACAUGAAGCCUGUUGAUGGCAGCCACUUACUGGACUUUCUUCUCAAGACGUCCUUCACGGGUGUUUCUGGAGAGGACAUAUGGUUUGACGAGAAUGGCGACUCACCUGGGAGGUAUGAGAUUAUGAACUUCCAGCAUGUGGAGCCUGGUGUUUAUGACUACAUCAACAUCGGCUCCUGGCAUGAGGGCAUACUCACUCUCGAUGAAGAAAUGAUUCAGAUGAACCGCAGUGACAUGGUCCGCUCUGUCUGCAGUGAGCCCUGCUCCAAAGGAGAGAUCAAGGUGAUCAGGAAGGGAGAAGUGAGCUGCUGCUGGAUCUGCACUGCCUGUAAGGACAAUGAAUACGUCCAGGAUGAGUUCACAUGCAAGGCCUGUGAUCUGGGUUGGUGGCCUGACAAUGAACUGGAAGGCUGUGAGCCAAUCCCCCUGCGUUACCUGGAGUGGAGCAACCCAGAGUCCAUUAUCCAGGUGGUUUUCUCCUGCCUGGGCAUCCUGGUCACAUCAUUUGUUGCCUUCAUCUUUGUCUUAUAUCGUGACACACCUGUGGUCAAAUCCUCCAGUCGGGAGCUCUGCUACAUCAUCCUCGCAGGGAUCUUCCUGGGCUACAUGUGUCCUUUCACCCUAAUCGCCCGUCCCACCGUGGCCUCCUGCUACCUCCAGAGGCUGCUUGUUGGACUCUCAGCUGCCAUGUGCUACUCUGCCCUGGUAACUAAAACCAACCGCAUUGCCCGUAUUCUGGCAGGCAGCAAGAAGAAGAUCUGCACCAGGAAACCCAGGUUCAUGAGUGCUUGGGCUCAAGUUGUAAUUGCUUCCAUCCUGAUCAGCGUACAGCUCACCUUGGAGAUUACCCUCAUCAUCAUGGAGCCUCCUGAACCCAUCAAAUCCUACCCCAGCAUCAGAGAAGUCUUCCUCAUCUGCAACACCAGCAACGUGGGUGUUGUGGCUCCUCUGGGCUACAAUGGUUUGCUUAUCAUGAGCUGCACUUACUAUGCCUUCAAGACCCGCAACGUUCCUGCAAAUUUCAACGAAGCCAAAUACAUUGCCUUCACCAUGUACACCACAUGUAUCAUCUGGCUGGCUUUUGUGCCCAUCUACUUUGGCAGCAACUACAAGAUCAUCACCACAUCCUUCUCUGUAAGCCUCAGUGUGACUGUAGCCUUGGGCUGUAUGUUCACACCAAAGAUGUACAUCAUCAUUGCCAAACCAGAGCGAAACGUGCGCAGCGCAUUCACCACCUCUGAUGCUGUGCGCAUGCACGUCGGCGAUGGCAAAAUUGCUUGCCGAAGCAACAGCCUGCUCAACAUGUUCAAGAGAAAGAAAAACACUGGAAAUGGCAGUUCUAAUGGAAAGUCUGUGUCAUGGUCUGAACCAGGUGCAAGACAUCCUCCAAAAGGGGAUCACAUGUGGCACAGACUGUCAGUGCAUGUGAAGAGACAGGAAGCAGGUACCAAUCAGAUGGCUGUCAUCAAACCCUUAACUAAUACCUACCAAAACAGAGCCCUGGAGUUCUCAGACCUCAGUACUAAAACCCUGUAUAAUGUGGCUGAGGAGGACGAGAGCGACCCUGUCAGAUACAAUCCCCCCGCCACUCCCCCCAUGAUGGCCCAUGGGCAAAUUCCUGGCUGUGGUCUGAUAAAAGAUGUGGACGACGAGGUGGAACUCUAUACCCCAGAGCAUCUGCAGACAAAUAGCGUUAUCUCCCAACACGUCAUUAUGGACCACCUUCAGGAGGAGAUGGUGGUUGGUAAAUUCAACAGUGACAUCCCUGAGCUUAAUGAUAUGAUCAGCAUGCCUGAGACCGUGAGUGGCGGCAUGCCCGUAUACCACCAGGCCCACCUCAUCCAGCAGGACCCGGUCCUGCCUGUGUACCUCGACCCGUUCGAUGAGGAGCCAACCUCCCCUUUAGAGGAGGAGGACGAGAUGGAGAAUGAGCAGUUUGGCCUUCUUCAUGGCUACAUGUACAACAACGCCCAGAUUCAUGAUGAGGAGGACAUAGUUGAGGUCAAAUUAGCCAUGGAGGACUCUCUGGCUCUGAUGCCUCCCUCCCCUUUCAGAGAUUGCGAUGGUCCUCCAGUGAGCCCCUUCCCUAAUUCGCCAGUGUCUGAGUCGAUUUUGUGCAGUCCUCCAAAUGUGACAUAUGCCUCUGUCAUCCUCAGAGACUUCAAGCAAAGCUCCUCAACUCUGUGAGGGUGCACGCGAAAUAUUACCAGUUGUACAAUAUUUUAAAGUUCAUGACUUGUGCUGUAUAUGAUGAUAAAUAAGGAAAGUCAUUCUGUGGACUGAAAGGUAAUUUUUCACUCUGUAGUUGACAGCUUUUACAUGAUAAGGGUGAACAACAAGGCACCACAUUUUGAAAAUUAUUUUAGAUGUUGUCUACAAUAGUGAAAGAAUUUGCCUAUUACAAACAUAUAUUUAUAAGCUAACAUAAGCUUUUAGGAUAAAAUAGAUUUUGUGAUUAUGAGACAAACAACUAAGAUUGUCUAUGUAUGUAUAUUUAUUACUAUAAAAAGAGUUAUUUCAUAAAUAUAGGUGACAUACCAAGCAGAUUUUGAAGUUUGCUGAUUUUAAACAAGGUAACGUAAAGGGAUAGUGAGUGAUUGUAAUCCAGUACACUUUUUGUUAAAUUCAGCUAAUAUUUCCUUACGCUUUGCCAGCUCUCAGUUUUGUGUGUGCUCUGAAACACAGCCAUGGCUCUAUAAAUGGACAACAAAGAAAGUGGUGUGAACCUUGCCACCCAGCAUUGUUCCAGCCAAUCAGCAACAGGAGUGAUGGGGGCAGAGGGAGGCAGUGGGAGAGAGAGUUCUAUACACUGGCACAUUUGAACGUGCUGGGCACAAGGCACUGUGAAGAGAUGGACGAGAAACAGCCAAAGAGGAAAAGGUCUGAGUAUAAACACUUAAAAGUGUAUUUGUUUUCGGCUGAUCAACAAUCCUUCUGCAGAACCACUUAUUCUCCCUUUAACGGUGAAUAUAGUUUGUAUGUAAUGCAAAACAUCCAAUUCGUCAACAAUAUUUUUAGAAAAUAUGUUGAGUGUUACACAUUGUGUGUUUUGUGCUUUAUCAGGAAAACAAAAGAAAGGUUGAAAGGAAUAGUUGGAAAACACACUUAUUUGCUUUUUUGAAGAGAGUUUGAGGAGAUCGAUUCCACUCUAACAUCUGUCUGCUAAAUACAAAGCUACAGCUAGCAGCCAUUAGCUUAGCAUAACAAAAAGACUAGUAAAUGAAAACAGCUACCCCAUAAAUUGUAAUUUUUACACUUUGGUUUUUGUGAAAGAGAGAAACAAACAAGAUAUAUAACAUGUUAAUUUGUUAUCUUAAGAGGAGUAGGCAGAUUUUGUGACCGUUAGACAGAGCGAGGCUAGCCUGUUUCCAGUCUUUAUGCUAAACUAGGCUAACCACUUACUGGCAAUAGUGUCAUAUUUAGUGUACAGACAUGAGAGUGAUAUCAAUCUUCUUUUUUAACUUUUGGCAAGAAAGAGAAUAAGCAGUGCAUUUCCCAAAAUGUCUUUAGGGUUGUUUUAAGGUGAGAGAGCAGAAUAAAAAUGUUCUCUAUUUGAGGAAAUUUAUAAGGUGACGUGUCAACAUGAUUUUGUUGACAAGUAACACGUAUCUGUGAAUUUUUGAUAGAUACAGUACUGCCGCACUGACUGUAUCACGAAUGUAGCAGAAGACAAGUGCCACAUUUUCAUCAAGAUUUUUAUUUUAUUUUGUACAUUUAUUCCAUUUCUAUGAUCCUGAAAUGCAAGUUAAACUAGUUUCAAAUUUGUAUCUUUUAUAAUUAGACAUCUGAUUUCACAAUUGUAUAGAUUUAUGUAUAAGAUAAAUGACAUACAUACGUUUUGUGAAUGUAUGAAUUGUGUAUAAUUUUUUGGUAUUCUGAUGAUAUCUAUAUGCAUUACCAUAUUAGAAAAAAACUCAUUAGCUGUGUAUACUUCUAUUGUGUGAUUGGUUGUGUACUCCAAUCAAUCUUAAAUAUUAAGACUUUAGGAGCCUAUCAAAACCGUAUAAUGUGAUGAAGUGCUACUGUUACUGUUAUACGUAAUAUUCUGAAUAAGCUAUUUGCAGCCUGAUAUAUACACAGUAUAAAUUAAGUCUGUCAUUUUAAACAAAUAUUUACUGUAGAGCAUUUCAAAGGACACUUGUUUGAUUGGAGUAAAUUAAGUAUUUUCUAUGUUUUUGUCUCCUGUUUUUCGUGGUGAAACAUUAGGUGUCUGUGUUUUUGAUGUUCCCUUUUGCAAUAACUGUUUUAAAUCAAAGGUCAAAGAUUUAUGGCUUUGUUGUGAAGGAAGAAAUUCAAAACAGGAACACUAAGAAGUAGUUGUAAAAGGGAAU